AAUAUUUGAAAUUCUCAAUAAUUCCGAAUUCUCACGGGUUAAAAAUUUAGGGUAUCGUGAAAAUUAAGAAGCCGUUUCAUCAUUUGUCACUGCCCCGUAAAAUAAUUUAUCAUAGACGAAGACGAUGUUCCGAAACUGCGCGCCCUUUUCUUAAAACGGAGUCCGGAAGUCCCGGAAGUGCUCAUAGAGGGCGUUGGGCGUUGGAGAGAAAGGCGAAAAAUUAAGACUCAUCAAUCUUUGUUUUAAAAUGUCUUCUGGACGCCCAAUCAAAUGUGUUGUUGUUGGAGAUGGUACUGUUGGUAAAACGUGUAUGUUGAUAUCAUAUACAACUGACAGUUUUCCUGGUGAAUAUGUCCCAACAGUAUUUGACAAUUAUUCUGCACCCAUGGUUGUGGAUGGCAUACCAGUCAGUUUAGGGUUAUGGGAUACAGCAGGACAGGAAGACUAUGAUCGCCUACGGCCCUUGUCCUAUCCCCAGACAGAUGUAUUUUUAAUAUGCUUUAGUGUCACAAGUCCAUCAUCCUUUGAAAAUGUAACAUCUAAGUGGUACCCAGAAAUAAAACAUCACUGCCCAGAUGCCCCCAUGAUUCUUGUUGGAACAAAAAUUGACUUGAGAGAUGAUCGUGAGACACUGACUCUUCUCUCAGAACAAGGGUUGUCACCGAUAAAACGUGAGCAAGGUCAAAAGCUUGCUAAUAAAAUUCGAGCUGUAAAGUAUAUGGAAUGUUCUGCACUGACUCAGAGGGGUCUUAAACAGGUGUUUGAUGAAGCUGUACGUGCUGUUUUACGACCAGAACCUCAGAAGAGACGUCAAAGAAAAUGCAUUGUUAUGUAGUCAUUUAACUAAAGGUACAGAGGCUAAUAUGUGCAGUAAUCUGUGCUUCAGGGUAAGGUAGCCAAUCUGAGUCACCAACUUAACUUCAGCUUUGCUCAAGUUUCUUGAAGUUCUGUUUGUCAUCAGUACACUAGUUUUGAAAAGAAAUCAAUUUCAAUUUGAAACCAAAGAAAUCAGCUGUUACAAUUGAAACCCUGGAGUUGUAAAGAAGCCUGUUUGCAAAAUUUGCUUCUUUCUUCAAACUUUAUUUUUACUUGCAAGCCUUGUGUGUUAGUAUUACAUUACAACCACAAGUGCUUUUUUUUUUUUUUUUUUUUAAACUAACUCUGAGCUGUGCUUUUUAAAUUCAUUUGAGGUGAAGAGUGUUUUAAAAAUAUUAAUGUGUCAAUUUGGAGUAAUAUUUUUAAAAAUUGGGAACUCCUUUUUUGUUUUACUUGUGUCUGACAUAAUUUUAAUUUAUUUUUUGCAUUAUCAUUUUAAUGCAGGAGGCAAUUUCUAGCUAUUAAGCACAUAUCUAUUGUUUUCUCUCAAGCUAUUUAUUAUAUUACUGUAGAUUCCAUGAGACUGAGGUGGUUUGAAUGUGAACUUUCUUCAAUCUACUACUCCUUGUUAAGGUGUUGUGCUUUGGAAGUAUCCAAGAGGAAUGCCUCAUCUAUUUUCUUCCACUAUAGCUGAGUUCAUAAUCUUUGUUUGUUCAAAACCAGUGCCAUUAAGAAAUAUUCAAUACGUAUGUUCAUUUGAAUAACUUUUGCAUUUGUUUUAUAUGUGUUUGAUCUUUUUCAGACGAAAAUGUUUAAUAAGGGGUGGAUUGUAUUUUACAAAAUCUCAUUGUGUGCUUACUAACUCAACUCGAUUCAUCAUUUAAUUUUAUGACAGUUUCUUGCAUUGACUUUGUAAGCUCAUUACAUUAUUCAAUUAUGGACUGAUUUUGCACAAAUACUUUUUGUUUCCUUUCUUUCAAAAUGGCUACCUUCAGUUCAAUUGAAUAUUGGAGGAGUGUGUGGUUUUUUUUUCAAUCACUGCCCUUGUCAUGAUUUUUUCUUGUUAUCUUGGAUAUUUAUAAACUAUUGGCCCUUGCCUCAUAGACACCUUGUUUGUUAGCAUCACUAAUAUUUCAAGAAAGUGAUGAUUUCUCUAACACUGCUUUUUUGAUAAGUCUGAUGAUAUGUGAUUGUGUAUCCCCCUCCCCUCUUCUCUUCCCUUUGUAACUUUUAUCUUAACAAUUGUGUGUGUAUUUUGUUUGUAUCUUAUUUUUAAAUUAUUUGCACUUUUGUGUUUUGAUGCAUGGUUUAUUUAAUGAAGUAGAGUUUUAUUGGGUUCUCUUGUGCCAGUGAUCAUGAGAGUUUGAUUGGUAAUGUACUUGACCGCUUUUAUUGAUUUGGUCAGCUGCAGUCCAAUUUUGCUGACCAGAGGAAAAUAUUUGCAGUACUUCAGCAUUUGUGCUGUAUAUUUGUAUGUUUGUCCAUAGAGCAAUUUUAAAUGGGAUCAUACUAUACAAAGAGGGUAGAUUUUCUGGGAAAAUUUCUGUAUGCUAUGUGAGGACCAGAUCAGGAGUCACUUUCUGUGUAUAUUGUAGUGAUACAUACUCUAACCAAAAUUUCAACUCUGCUAUAUUUUCCCUUUUUAUUGGCCGAGCCUGCCAAAUGUAGGUCCCCAUCAUAUGUUCCCUAUUUUGACAAAAACAGCUUUAUUUUAUUAUUACUACUUUCUCUUCAAUCAGAACAUGCAGGUCCCAGUAAAGUAUUCUCUCACAAUGCACUGCCAUUGUAAUUAAAGAAAUUCUUCUAUACAUUUCUGGUAGAUGCAGCACCUGUGAACCAUGUUAUUGGAGGUGCUAGUCACAAACCAAAGUAGGCCAUAGUUGUUAGAACUAGAGUGUUGCCUUGUUAUGACGUAAUCUAGUCAGUAUAUGCCCAUGUUUUUCAUUUUUCUGCACACUCUUGUAUAUUCUCCCACUGUAUUAUGUUGUUAGUUAUUCCUCAUUGUCAUAGCUGUGACUUGGGGUUAUUAUUACUCAAUUAACCUUUCAUUCAAAACAAAGUAGAAUAUCUGCGACAAACAUGACCUUUUUCUUCUUAGAACAUACUCAAAGCUACCAAAAGGUAUGAGGGAAAGAAGUGUCCUGUGUAACCUUGUGUAACCUAGCAGGCCUAGGUCUGCUGUCAAAGCUGUGACACAUUUUCAUUGCAUGUCUCUUUGAUCUUAAUGUUUCUGGUGCAGUCUCUUUAGUUUGCCGGUGUGUAAGUUUUUGUACCAUUUGUAUCUUACUUCAGUGGCAAAAAUUGAUCAACAAAUAGGUUUUGUGUCAUUUUUUUUGUGAUUUUUCCACAUUUUGUCUGCGAUUCCCCAAACACUGCUCAGCAGUUUCUAAUAUAUUUUGGGUACCUCAAUAUUUUUGUGUUGUUUUUAUUGUAUUUUUUCCAUCUGUAUGAGCUACAUAUAAUAUUAACUUGGAAUGUCAAAUCUCAACUCUUGUGACCAACAAGGAGAUUUUUUUGUCAUUUGUAAUAUUAUUAUAAAUCAUUAAUAAAUUAAUGAAAUCCAAA